AUGAGAAAACCUGCAUAUAAACUAUUAUUGUUGCUUACUAUUAAACACCUCUUAUCUCUUCAUCUUUCUUUUGCUUACCCUAUUUCCAAUACUACAAACACCAAUCCAUUUUUGCCUGCAAAUCAUGAUCUGCAAGUAGGUGCUCUUUUAACUUGGAAGUCCAGUCUUGAUGGCAAAAGCCAACAAGUACUUUCAUCAUGGGCUGGUAGCAAUCCAUGCAAAUGGAUUGGAGUCACUUGUAAUGGAGAUGAGAGUGUUAUAAGCAUGAAUCUUUCUGGUUACGAUUUAAGAGGUACUCUUCAAGAUUUGAAUUUCUCAUCCUUGUUCCAUUUGCAAAUUAUUGAUCUUUCUGAAAAUUCACUCAGUGGUAGCAUUUCUUUUAUUAAAGAUAUGCUCCAUUUCCGAAAUUUAACAAUUAUGCGUCUCAAUAGAAAUUGGUUUACGGGUCCAAUUCCUCCCGAGAUUGGAUAUUUAAAUUCGCUAGUAGAUUUGGAAUUGAACUCGAACAACCUCACGGGUCAAAUUCCUAUUUCUAUAGGGAACUUGCAAGAUUUAACGAUUCUACAUCUUCAUACAAAUCAACUUUCAGGUCACAUUCCUCAAGAAAUUUGUUUAUUGACGUCCCUUAUUGAUUUAGAAAUGGGUUUUAAUAAUCUCAUUGGUCAAAUCCCUACUUCAAUUGGAAAUUUAAAAAAUUUAAGGGAGUUGUAUCUCAACAAAAAUGGACUCUCUGGUAGCAUUCCUGCUACCAUUGGAAAUUUGACGAAUUUGAGGUAUUUGGUCUUAUUUUCCAAUAACUUCAAUGGUCAAAUUCCUAUCUCUUUGGGAGGUCUGACAAAUUUAGAAUCAAUUAUUCUCAAUGAUAAUGAACUUUCUGACCGUAUUCCCGAAGAAAUUGGAUUGUUAUCCUCUCUUGUCGAACUAGAUGUGUCCUCAAAUUAUUUGUUUGGUCAAAUACCUAGUUCAGUUAGAAACUUGACAAAAUUGUAUAGAUUUUCUCUAUUUUUCAAUGAACUUAGUGGUCACCUUCCAUCAGAACUAAAUAAUAUUAGUGCAAAACUCAUUCUUUUUCAAAUAGGUGGUAAUCAUUUCUCAGGUCCUUUGCCAGAGAAUUUAUGCCUUGGUAAGUCACUAACCUAUUUCUCAGUUGUGUACAAUAACUUUAGUGGAAACAUUCCCAAAGGAAUAAAAAACUGCACAACCCUCCAAAGAGUUAGGCUUGAAUAUAACAAACUCUCCGGAGACAUAUCUGAAGAUUUUGGAAUAUAUCCAAACCUAAAUUACUUUGAUUUGAGUUCCAAUAACUUCCAUGGCCAGCUAUCUUCAGACUGGGGUCUUUGUUCAAAGCUAGCAGCUUUGAAGAUUUCCAGAAAUAGAAUUUCUGGGAAUAUCCCACCUGAACUUGCAAAUGCAUCUCAUCUAGAAUUUCUUGAUCUCUCUUCCAAUGAACUUGUUGGGAACAUUCCAAAGAGUUUUAGUACUCUACAUUACUUGGGUGUUUUAAAGUUGGAUGACAACAAACUGUUUGGCAACAUAACAUUAGGAAUUGGGGAAUUGUCUUUGAUCACCGAGUUAAACUUGGGUGCAAAUAGGUUCAUUGGUUUUGUUCCAAAGGGCUUAAGAAGUUGUCAAAGGUUAACUGUGUUGAAUUUGAGUCAAAAUUUGUUAGAGGGUCGGAUUCCUUAUGAUAUAGGAAGCUUGCAGUUCCUUCAAAUUCUUGAUCUCAGUCAAAACAUGCUAACUGACAAGCUACCACAACAGUUUGGAGGAUUGUUAUCCUUACAAAGCUUGAAUGUUUCACACAAUAAGUUGUCGGGCUCCAUCCCAUCAAGCAUUGCUCAAUGUUUAGGUUUGGUUUCCAUUGAUGUAUCCUAUAAUGAGUUAGAAGGAAUGCUCCCAAACAACAAAGCAUUUGAAAAUGCUACAUUUGAAUCCAUAAGAAACAACAAAGGUUUGUGUGGCAACAUAGCUGGUUUGAAGCGAUGUUUUUCUGGAUCUCCUGAAAAGAAGACAGAUCAAGGCCACAAAACAACAAGUUUAGUCUUAAUCAUAGUGAUACCAAUUGGAGUUGUUGGUGUUGUUGCGAUGGUUGUUGUCAUAUGGUUGAUUCCACUAAAAAGGUGCAUCAAAGAAAUGCCAAGGGCAUCCAGUGAAAAUUUAUUCACAAUAUUGAACUUUGAUGGGAAUAUUGCAUAUGAAAGCAUAGUAGAAGCAACGGACAACUUUGAUUCAAGAUACUGCAUUGGAGUGGGAGGAUCUGGAAGUGUAUUUCGAGCUGAGUUAUCCAAUGGACUUGAAAAGUUUUUCAAAUGA